AUGCCCUCAAAAGAAAGUGGCGUCACAGCAGUCGCUGAAGAAACACUGCAGUUUAAUGAUGAUGAUUUAAGAGGUGAGGAAAAAUAUUCGUUUUUUGUAAUAUAUUGUAUAACGACGAUUGAAAAGAAAUUGCAGUCGAUAAUUUUUAAACAUAUUUUGGUAGGUGUGGUUUCUGAAUUGAGUUUCGUGUGAAAAAACGGUCCCAGAACUAUUAAUAAUAAACAUUUUUCAUUAUGUUGUAGCAAUUGCAGAAGUUUACAAAAAUGAAGGAAAUGAAGAGUUUAGAAAGAAGGAUUAUAACAACGCCAUUUACUUCUACACCGAAGGUAUUAAAGUGAACUGUAAGGAUAAAGAACUGAAUGCCAUGCUGUACAGCAACAGAGCAGCGGCACAUUUCAAUUGGGGUAAGAAGUUAGUUUAAUUUGACUUUGAAAAUCAUAGUAGCGAUGAACGUAGUGAAGGGGCAUUAACCGUUUAAGUCUCAGUAUCCACAUUCAAAUUCUCUAGACUGAUCUCCAUACAUUUCCUUAAAGGAUUAGUUGUGAGAAUUCGUUAAAAGAUCGAGGCAUUUAACCUUCCUCCGUUGCGUCUUUAACAGGAAAAUACACUGAAACACUGAAUGAUGUAGAACUUGCCAUUGGAUUACAACCAUCCCUAUCAAAAGCUUUUUUACAUGGUAAGAUU